AUGCAUCCCAAUGCCAUUUCCGUUCUCGCGGCCUUCCUCGCUGUAGGAGACCUCUAUUUUGGAGCAGCUCAGGAUGCUUCCCAAGCGCAUAUGGACCAACCGCGCUGGAAUUUCCCGCGAGAAGUCGAGCGGACAUCUCGCAACAAUACUUAG